AAAAAAUCGAACCAACCACGAAAUCUGUCUGUCUACGUGUAGAGAAUGUCGAAGAUGAGUAAAAUUUCGAUGAUUUCGUAAAUACAGAAAGCCCAGGCAUAUUUAAGAAUCCAGAUAAACUUUCAACAAACGCCCAAUGAUGAGUAUUCCUUACAUUCUAACGUUUCUGACGUUGAUAAUCGGGGCGUACUCGGACGAGCACAAUCACAUAUACGACGAAGGAGAAGAGGUAGUACUAUGGAUGAAUACAGUAGGGCCCUAUCACAACAGGCAAGAAACGUACGCCUAUUUUUCCUUGCCAUUUUGUGUCGGCUCGAAGGAAUCGAUCAAUCACUACCAUGAGACUCUCAGCGAGGCUUUGCAAGGAGUCGAGCUCGAAUUUAGCGGAAUCGAUAUCGAAUACAAAGUGAAAAUGCCGAAAGGAGAGUACUGCGCGGUACAGCUGGACGAAGAAAGGUACAAGGCCUUUGUAUACGCCGUCAAGAACCACUAUUGGUACCAAAUGUACAUCGACGAUCUGCCCAUAUGGGGCGUGGUGGGCGAAAUGAAGGAUUCCAAGUUCUACAUUUGGACGCACAAGAAGUUCGAAAUCGGUUACAAUGGCAAGCGAAUCAUCGACGUGAAUUUGACGUCUGAGGAGAAAGUCGAAUUGACGCCAUCGACGAAACUGACCUUUACUUAUGAGGUCGUUUGGUCGAAGAGCAACGUCGAGUUCGAGGAUAGAUUCGAUAAGUAUUUGGACCAUAAUUUCUUCCAACACAGGAUCCAUUGGUUCAGCAUUUUCAAUAGCUUUAUGAUGGUAAUAUUCCUCGUCGGUUUGGUAUCUAUGAUCUUAAUGAGGACCCUAAGAAAGGACUAUGCGAGAUACAGUAAAGACGAUGAUAUCGAUGAUAUGGAAAGAGAUUUGGGCGACGAAUACGGCUGGAAACAAGUGCACGGUGAUGUUUUCCGUCCUGCAUCACAAUCGUUGUUCUUUUCCUCGUUAAUUGGCGCAGGUCAUCAAUUGACCACUGUCGUAUUCUCUGUUAUCUGUUUCGCUAUUAUGGGAGAACUCUAUACCGAGAGAGGAUCUCUGCUUUCAACAUCGAUAUUCGUUUACGCGAUCACUUCUCCUAUCAACGGUUACUUCGGGGGUUCGUUGUACGCUAGAAUGGGCGGUAAAAUAUGGAUAAGACAGAUGAUCGUGUCCGCAUUUAUGCUACCAGCUUUCGUUUGCGGCACGGCGUUUUUCAUCAAUUUUAUAGCUAUCUACUAUCACGCGUCCAGAGCUAUUCCUUUCGGCACAAUGGUUGCUGUAACUUGCAUCUGCUUAUUCGUUAUAUUACCUUUGACUCUUGUCGGUACGGUGUUGGGUAGAAAUUUGGCCGGUCAACCGGACUAUCCUUGCCGCAUAAACGCAGUGCCGAGGCCGAUACCUGAGAAGAAAUGGUUUAUGGAACCUGGCGUUAUAAUCCUGUUGGGCGGAGUGUUGCCGUUCGCCAGUAUUUUCAUCGAAAUGUACUUCAUCUUUACGUCGUUUUGGGCUUACAAAAUCUAUUACGUGUACGGAUUCAUGCUGUUGGUUUUCAUUAUAUUAAUGAUCGUGACCGUCUGCGUGACCAUCGUAUGUACUUACUUUUUGCUGAACGCCGAAGAUUACCGUUGGCAAUGGACUUCGUUUUUGGCCGCCGCUUCUACAUCAGCCUACGUCUACAUUUACGCCAUCUACUACUUUUUCUUCAAAACGAAAAUGUACGGACUAUUUCAAACAGCGUUUUACUUUGGUUACAUGGCCCUGUUCAGCGGAGCGCUCGGUAUAAUGUGCGGAACAGUGGGAUACAUUGGAACGAGCGUAUUUGUGAGAAAAAUAUAUUCAACCGUUAAAAUCGACUGAUGUAACCGUUUUGUACAUAGCGUAGGUAUGGUUUUUUUGUUACGACUCUUUACAUAGGGUGCUGUCUUUACAACUUUCCGUUGAUUUUUUUUUAAUUUUUCUUAUUAGCAACAGCAAAUAUUUCAAUAUAUAACAAUAAAAUUAAUCACUUGAAGCUUGCUGUAACGGAAGGUAGCCAAUUAUAAAAUUGCUGGUUUUUUUUGGUAUACUUCAUAUACUAUUUAUAUCUCGUUCAUUUGUAUUAUUUCUUAUCCCUAUUAUAAAACACUAGUGUUUGUAUCUUAAGUACGACUGUGUUUGUAACACUACGCCCAUAGUAGAAACCUAGCGCUUUACACUAUUAAUUUAGUCAAUAUAUUGUGUUAUAUGUAUUAUUUAUAAAAAAAUUUAAAAGUGAUCGAUUACCUUUAGAACCUUUAGAACAAAAAUAUAGUUGGUUGCUUUCUUUGCUAACAGCCCCUUUGCUACAGAUCUAUCGAUUUGUUUCUACAAACAUUUAAUAAAAUAUUAUUGUAAAUUUGACAUCAUAGAUGAUUUUUUAAUCGUUACAGACUUGUACAGUAGAAAAACCGAUGGAUGUGCUAUUAAUAAGAGAAACACAGAGGGUAGAUAAUUAAAUUGCAAUGUGUCACAGACAAAUUCUUGUGCAAGACACACCCUGUAAUAUAAACAUCUAAAUGUAAAUGAUUACUCGUGUGUUCGUCGCAUUUACUGGCCUCUGUAUUUCGAAAAAAGUGAAAUGUCCCGUUAAUUUUAAAGGUCGGAUUUAUUUCGCACGAUUGUUUCCUUUAUGUGAUUAUAUAAAUAACAUCAUUUUUUUAUAUAGUUUUUAUUCCCCGUGUACAUAAGUAUUUAUGACUUUUAAAACUGAGUUUGGCCAGUCGGAAUGGGUAAAUUAAUGCUACAAUUGAUUUGCCCGUUUAGAUGGGAUUUGUAUGAAAUUUAUUUUAGUGUUAGAAUAAUUUAAUAAAAAAUUAUGUAA